AUGCUGCAUGAUGAUGUUUCCAUGGAUAAUAACGAGAACUUGUUUUGUGCUCCACAUCCUCAGCCAUCUUCAAAAGAGUUGCGUCUUGCUCAGAUCUUGAUUGAUUUGGGUUAUUCUUCAACUCCUAUUGAUACUAUUUCUAAUAAUACUGCUACUGAGCUGGCCAAACAAUUACAAUGGACUUUUCAAUUGGAUUCAACACAUUCGUUUGUUGAUUGGCUAUCGGAUACAUUGAACUCUCAUUACCGUAUUCACUUGAACUCAGAUCCAUCCAUGACUACUAUGACGGAGAUUGACAGAGAAUUACAGCAUAUUGGUAGCGAUGCGCAUUUACUUCCCACCACUAAACUGGAAUAUAUUGGAGGCUUUGAUGUUUUGUCGGAAGAAGAAGCAUUAUUAUGGGAAUCGUUGCAGGCCAGUGGAAUAGAUUACGAAUCCUGGGAAAAGGACGAUCAUUCAAGUGAAUCUAGACGAGAAUAUACUCGGCCUGAAGCGGUCUAUUCAAGCCCAGCUCAAAUUGAGCACAUCAAAUCUGCUCAUCAAGAAAUAAUACUAAAACGGGAUAGACUUGAACGUGUUCAAGAUUCUGUAAACUAUCAGCUCAACCUUCAAAAUGACCGUAUUGUCAAUGCAUCUGCCAAGCUGGACCUGGCAGUUGAUCAGUGCGUGAAAAGCAUUUUAAGUGUUUUGGAUGUACAUAGUGAUUUACCAACUUCAGAAAAUAUGCUGGUUCACCAUGCUGAAAAAUUGAAAGAUGUGUUUGAUAAACAGCAAAAAGUUUUGGAAGCCCCACUGGAAUGGGCAGAUCGCUGUCAGAAAACCCAUGUGCACCACGGAGAACAUUUCCUACCUUCUUGGGCAAUACAAGAGAUUAAACGAUUAAAAUGCAUGCAACUCGAAUACUUGUCUCGUUGCAGCUCUUUGGAGCAUCCAUUCACUACCUCUGAUGUUUUGUCGACUGACUUAUUAUCCUCUCUUGACCAAGAGCAAAGUGAGCUGAAAAAACUCAGAAUAAAUGUACUGGAGCAGCUAUGGACAGAAGCAGCAACACGUAUUGAAUCUAGAUUUUACAAUGUAUUGUACCAAAACAAAAUGGUACAGAUAGACUCAAUGGUUGAUCAAAUGCAACAGUUGAUGCAGAGAAUGGAGCGUCGGUUUGCUCAAAAUCAACUUGUAUCGAUUUUGUUGAACUCGGAAGCUGUAAAAAUUAAAACAAGACAAGAAGCCAUAAAUGCAUUGCUGGGACGUCUGGAGCAUAUUGCGGCAUCUACUAAAUCAGUUUUAGAGUUUCUUGAAAAUCCAGUGUUUGCCGAGCAACAACCCUCGCCGUAUUACAUUGCUGAUCACGAUCGUAUGGCUGUGGCUUUUAACAAAUUAAUUCCUCUCACCACUUCAUUUGAUGCUUCGCUUUUACAAACAGAUCUUGUGGAUACAGCUACGCAUCGCAACACAGUCAUGACGUCUACCAAUGCACUGCUAAAAAGAUUAAAGGCUCUACAUCAAAAACACGUUCAAUUGAUGUGCCGUUUUGGGAAUGCUAUCCCCUCUAUAUCGUCUUGUACAGAUAUACUACUACAAGAUUGCUUUACUCUCUGCAAUAUGGUUUAUGCGGAACCACAUGCAUCGGUGGUGCUGAGUGCUCCUAGAGAAGUGUUUGAUCAAUGUGGACGUGUUCGUAAAGCAGUGUCAGAACUUCAGCCCUUACUCCAGCAGGCAGCCAAACGCUUACAUCCUCAUCUUUUUCACGUUCAACAUUUAAAUUAUGGAAUGGCUACGAUGAUAGGUGAUCCAGGACACUACUGA